AUGAGAGAAUCGGGGCAAGAUCUCUGCCACAUUAAGGGAGGGGAUUCUACAGGAAUAUCAUCCCGACGAAUCAAGAAACUGAAUCUCGAACAUGGAUGUGAAGAACUAGGCCUGACAUGGAAGCCCCUCGACCUGGCAAGGGAAGUUGGGGUUUGGACCAAUAGUGGCGAGGUCGAGUCGCUCGGACGUGGAUGGGAUGAAUUGCCCCCGUCCUGGAAGUCCCCCGACCUGGCAGGGGAAGUUGGGGUUUGGACCAAUAGUGGCGAGGUCGAGCCGCUCGGACGUGGAUGGGAUGGAUUGCCCCCGUCUUGGAAGUCCUCCAACUUGGAAAAUGAAGUCGAGGUCGGGAUCAUCAGUGGGGUAAAUCCACCAAAUUUCAUUGUACCACCUGUUGAAGGUAUUGCUGGAGGGGGCACUGGUUACGGGUGGACUGAUGGUGGUGUUGAGUGCUCCAACUUUGGCAGAGGUGUUAUUGAUCCAACUCAGAUUCCAUCAGCAGACUUGUUACAAGUAUGGUGCAUGCCUAGCACAGCAAAUGUUGGCGAGCAAGACAUGCCUCGGCCUUUUGAUCAUGUAAUUCAUUCUCAUUAUAAAUAUUACUUUUUUGAAAUUUACUUGAAGUUUAUAAGUGCAAUGUUAAGGUUGUUAGUAUUUUAUGAUGUUCCAUUAACUUUAUCUACAAUGAUAUGGACUAUCAAUGCUGUGCAUGAAUUGAUUCGUAGCAUGUCUUGUGACAUAAGAUCUUAUGCACCUGAUGCACGUGUUUUGACCACAUACUACUGUGGACCAAGUGAUGCACAACUGGGAUCAAAUACUUUUGAGGCUUUUGUUAAAGUUCCAAAGUACUUGCGUCCACAUACUCAAAUUUUCUGUACUAGUGAAUGGGUUUUUGGUAACCGGGAGGACCUAGCUACUGAUAUUAUUGCUGAAUUACAGCCAGAAAAUGGCGAGGAAUGGUGGACAUAUGUGUGCAUGGGUCCUUCGGAUCCUCAACCAAACUGGCACCUUGGAAUGCGUGGAACACAACACCGAGCAGUGAUGUGGAGAGUUUGGAAAGAAGGUGGAACAGGAUUUCUUUAUUGGGGUGCCAAUUGCUAUGAAAAGUCUCUGGCCGCCAGUGCUGAGGUAAAAUUUCGCCGUGGUCUUCCUCCUGGAGAUGGAGUUCUUUUCUAUCCGGGUGAAGUCUUCUCUUCAUCACAUGAACCAAUUGCUUCAAUCCGCCUAGAACGCAUUCUCAGUGGAAUGCAGGAUAUUGAAUAUUUGAAGCUCUAUUCUUCACGUUUUGGAAGGGAUAAAGGCUUGGCUCUUCUAGAGAAAACUGGAGUUUAUCUUAACCCAGAACGCUAUACACUCGAGCAUUCUCCGAUUGACAUAAUGCGAGCUGAGAUCUAUCGCACAUGUGGAGCCUAAAAAUGCUCGGUCAGGGAAUAAAGAUCUGCACAACUCAUUUCCUGCUCCCUUGUCCUUUCUUGACAUUUUUGGUCAGGCGAAGUGGAUAUCCUGUUCUAUAGGUGUUUUGAUAUUUUUGCUGUAAGGUUAGUGUAGAUAAGAAAUAUUAUAGGAAGGAUACCUGGAACACUUUCCAGAAGCCUGUAUAUUCAGAUAUUCUUCAUGUGAAAUUCAAUUUGGGAUCGCAGUCGUCUUCUGUUUGUUA